GGAGAGUGACAUGCUCUCAUCAAGCCUCACAUGCUGAUCGUCCACAGCAACUCGCUACGGAUUAGUCCCCAGAUCGAGGGGCUUGAUCUUCCAUUCAUAUGUGGAAUAGAUUUUGUUGGGAACCAAGAUCCACAUAUACUGACAUUGUGGGAUGUGAUAGUCUCUUCACAUGUCCUAGUAUCUCCGGAUUACCGACGACUGCAAUCGAAGCCGACGAGCCUAUUUAAAGAGCGGUCAUCGCUCAGGAUUCCUACGGAUUUACAAAGCCCUCGAAACCAUCGCAGCCAUGGAAACCAAAGGCAACCCGAAAGACUCGAUGAAGUCCACCUGGCGUACUGCCAGCAGGGAUACCUGGAGCCUCGGACAUUGGCUCAUUCAUAUACUCAACGCCUACCCUUCAGAACUCGACAAAGAGGUACCGGUGCACUCUAAGAAUGAACCGAUCCCAUUUAUGCCGCAGUGGUCGCUGAACCUCUGGGUUAUCUUCUACUCGUCCCUACCACUGGCGUUUCAUGAGGCCUAUGCAUGGUACACAGGACGCAACUUGGGUCCUUUAGCCACCUUUAAUCUGUAUAUGUUCGCCUUCAAUGCGAUCGUCAUCUACCAGGUACACAUACUCCGGCGACUCGGUCACAUAUACGGCUUCCUGGAUGGCGACAAACAUGAACGAGACGGCGUUCCCGACGUCGGGGUCGGCAAGGUUGUGGCUUCGGUGUACAAAACGACCGGUUCUCGCUUGGCGCUAUCGGUGUACUUCUCCUAUCAAACUAGUCAGCUUCCCUCACAGAUGAACUGGUAUUGGUUACCGGUUGAGGUUGGACUGUACGGGAUCGUGCUCGACUUCUGGUUUUACUGGUACCAUCGCCUCAUGCACGACGUCAGCUUCCUCUGGAAGUAUCACCGCACUCACCACCUCACCAAGCACCCCAAUCCUUUGCUCACUGCGUACGCGGACCACGAGCAGGAAUUCGGGGACAUGGUCGGGGUGCCGAUGAUGACCUACUUCACUCUGCGGCUGCUGGGUCUGCCCAUGGGCUUCUACGAGUGGUGGAUCUGCCAUGAGUAUGUUGUUUUUGCAGAGGUGUUCGGACACAGCGGCCUACGCUUACACCUGACCGUCCCGUCCCCUCUCAGCUGGCUACUGCAGUGGCUCGAUGCAGAGAUUGUCAUUGAGGAUCAUGACUUGCAUCAUCGGAAGGGGUGGCGGAAGAGUCACAACUACGGCAAGCAGACUCGUCUUUGGGAUCGGAUCUUUGGAACCUGUCAUGAACGAAUCGAGUCUGUGGCUGAAAAUGUCGAUUAUGUGAAUACUGCCAGGAUGCCAUUGUUCUGACCUGAAUCAGGACUACGAGAGAGUCUGACUCAAGGCAAAAGCGAACAGACCUGUGGAGCCGAAUUAGAAAUUACCUGUUUAUAAUUACUGCUGUUCUGGCAGACGACCAGCAUGACCUGGGCUUGAUGAAUAUAUG